GAGCCCGAGCGGUGCUGGCAGCAGGAUCCAGCCCCAGCAGGGAUCAGAUCUCGUAGCCAUAGCAGCGGGGUAUUUAUUACAGCCCGGCCGCACUCCACCCCGGGCUGGCGGACUUUAGCCCUUAAUCAAAUAGAAAAAGUAGCAGUAGACAUCUCAGAUCCCAACGGGUGGCGUAAAACACAAAGAGGGACCCCAAAAUAAUGGCAAAAUUUCUAUCCCAGGAUCAAAUUAAUGAGUUCAAGGAAUGUUUUUCCCUGUAUGACAAGAAACAAAAAGGCAAGAUAAAAGCCUCUGACCUGAUGGCAGUGAUGCGGUGCCUGGGAGCCAGCCCGACGCCAGGAGAGGUGCAGAGACACCUGCACUUGCACAAGAUCGACAGAAACACAGAGUUGGAUUUCUCCACGUUCCUGAACAUAAUGUACAGGCAGAUGAAGCAGGAGGAACCCGAGAAGGAAAUCCUCACAGCCUUGUCCAUGAUUGACAGGCAGAAGAGCGGUGUUAUCACCGUUUCGGAGCUGAAGGCCAAACUUACAAGACUGGGAGAAAAGCUUUCCGAGGAAGAAGUGGAUGAAAUGCUAAAAGAAGCUAAAGUUGGACCAAACGGAACAAUAAAAUAUGAAGAAUUUGUCCGUGUCAUUUGUCUUCCUACAGCCGAUUACUAAAAUUCAAACCAAGAGACUGAUAAGAGCAGGACCUGAAGCUUUUUUGACUUCAAUUUUUCCUAUUUCCUACUUGGACUUGGGAAUCAUAAUUUGCCUUUAAAAAUCCUUAUUUUGCCUUCAUGACAGUGCUUACACUGACACGGGCUUCCAUCCCAUUUCUGGAGAAAUGCUGUCACAAAAUGUGAGCUCUGUUAUUCAAAUAAACUGAACGUAACAUUCCCUUGUGUAAUGCGUGUCACGCUUUAAAAAAAAAGCAGCUCUUAUUUUAAAAUUGCAUUUAAGUCUA